AUGUGCUCACUGAUAGCUCACGUCUUUCCUCACAUCUUGGAUGCAUAUGAUCCCCGUAGCCCUGUCCAAUGGGUCAUGUGGGGAGAUAAAGACGAUCAACUGCUUGAUCUCGGCUUUCAAAUUCGCAAACACGACUUCAUUCAAGAUCUAAGGAUUCAGACCAGUGCCAAAGCAGCAGUGAGCCUGCAUGAUACUCCAAGCACCUGGUCUUUCGAAGCUCUACAGACAACUCAAGCUUGGAUGAAGAAUUGCACAUCAACCACAACCACCCACAGGCAGUGCGCCAGGCCUCCGAUGAAGAAACAGCUGCCGCUACGACUGGUAGAUGUGAUGCCUGAUCAGCCGCCUCACACCUACUCUAGUAAUGGAAUGACACGAAAAGAGUUCCAGGCCUUGGAUAUAGAUGCAGCAUUACCAGUACGAAUCGUGUCUACCAAAUCUCUUCCUCUAGAUGUGCAUUACAUGACACUGAGUCACCGAUGGGGAAAUUCGCCAAGCAUUAUACUCAAUUCGAAGACGGCUCCGACUCUUUUAAGUGGCAAUAUCCCAUUGGAGCUGCUCGGGUCAUCCAAUGCAAAGUUGUUCAGGCACGCAAUGUAUGUCACCAAGUGUCUCGGAAUUCGCUAUCUCUGGAUAGAUUCGAUGUGCAUCAUGCAAGAUGACGAUUCCGAGAAAGCAAAAGAGAUUGCCUUAAUGGGGGAAAUUUACUACAACUCUUCGCUCAACAUAUCUGCUACCGAUUCCACGAGCGGAGCUGACGGGCUCAUCUUCCAAAGAGAUGUCUUGAAGACUACUCCCUGCCAAAUCACUCUGCAACUUCCUGGAUCCGAUGAAGCGCUUGACCUGGUUGCCUUCCACAAUAAAGUAUUGGUGGAAUCCGAUGAAGGUGAGCUGAACAGGCGAGGAUGGGUCAUGCAAGAGCGGAUAUUGUCACCCCGCGUACUUCACUUCACUAGACAUCAGGUAUUCUGGGAAUGCAACUCUCUCUUGGCGUCGGAUAUCCGACCGGUGGGAGAGCCUAUAGAUCCGGCCUCCUCUGGUGAUAUGAGAGGAGUCUUGAGUGCCUCUUACCCAGCAGAAUUACCAGAUGAUACGAUGAAGGCAGUUUGGUAUGACGUCGUGCGCCAAUACUCUGCCACAUCUUUGAGCUUCCCCGCAGAUCGGUUACUCGCAGUGUCGGCCCUUGCUGAGAGAUUCUCGAUUGUCGGUUUGCAGCCGCCAGAUGAAUAUGUCGCUGGUAUAUGGACGGCGCAUCUUCCACUGGCUCUAGUUUGGCGCAGGAUUCCCCAGACAGAGACUGUAUCUAUACCGCAGCAGAAUAUUAGUCAGGAGCGAAUAGCACCAACAUGGUCAUGGGCUUCUUUGACAUGUGCCAUCGAGUCAGCCGAGAUGAGCAACCUGCACCCAAAUAUAGUGGUAGAGCUGAGUGAUGUUGAACGAAGAUCUGCUAAUUUGUUUGAUGGAGUCACUAGCUGUCGGCUACGUGUUCGAGGCAGGAUAUGCAAAGUUGAGCAGGGCGCUGAAGUUGUUGGCCUUGAAAUGGAUUGGGAUAAGUCCGAGGCAGACGAGAGAGGCGGUGCUCCCAGUCUAUUCUUGCUAUACGUUGCGCAUCGCCCCUCUGGGAGUCAGAGAGAUAUAAGAGGCCUGAUGCUUCAGAGGACGGCCGAGAGAGGCCAGUAUAUUCGUGUGGGAGCAUUCUCAACGAGCAACUUUGACAUUGAAGGAACGUAUGUAGCAGAGGCAUUCACGGGAAGCAUAUAUAACCUCGAGGAGGGUGAUUUCCUGGAGUUUGACAAGAGUCAAGGAUACAGUAUCGAGAUAAUAUAG